CCCAGAGCUGAGGCAGGAUGUCUGGGGGCACGGUGGAGGGCCUAGGGUUGGGUAGUCAACAAGGGCCGUUAGGAUUCCCUCUUGCAGAAAGGUCCAGAGAGCGGCCCACUAGUCCUAGUGCUCCUCAGGUAGAACAGUUAAGAUCAAUGUAUCCCUCUAGUUUUUAAGGAUUUCAUCCCACACUCUCACCUCUCCCACACUCUCACCUCUAAUGAUUAGUAACCAGGCUAAGGACAAGAUGCUAGCUAGACCUGGCAAGGAUGAAGCACAAUUGGUGAGAACAGGGGUUAGGGAUGGCAGUGUUAGAACACUUACAAUAACUGUGUAUUGAAUGCAAUCAAUUUUUAUAGUCUUUUGAAACCUUUUGAGUUGGGUCUCUGGUGGAAGUCAGAGAAGAGAAGUAUAGGAAGGCAAGCUGUGACCCCAGAAAACUUCUGAAGCUUCAUUUUAAAGCUUUAGGAAGUCCCUAGUCUGCCACUGCUUUGUUUUUUGUUUCUUUAAGUGGGGCACGCAGCCUCCUGUCGCUAAUAUUAACCUGCAUCCUCCUCGCUGGUUUCAGAGGUACUGUUGGGAAUUAACUUAAGCCAAUGUAGGGGAUUUGGGAAGGUAAACGGGUAGAUAAGAAAAAAGCAACAUGGGGGUGGGGAAGGGCAGAGGUGACACCUGAGGAGAGGAACCUGUAGCUGGCCCCUCCCAGGCUGCAGGGGAAACGAGUUUGGCAGGAUUUAGCCCCGAAGGAACAAGAGCUGCUAAGAACUGGGCAGGGAGGACAUUUGGGUUCGUCUAAAGAAUAAGGUGGCACAGGGCAGGGCAGGACUGUAAAGAGAGUGACAGUAUGGGCCCGGAUUACUGGCGAGUUGCCCUGCUUUCGAUCCCCAUCACCCAGAGACUUGGACGAGGUUAAUUAGAAUACUAACUGGGUCCGCCCAGAAGCCUUCACGCUGCCCUCUGACCCUGGGGCCCAGCCCGAGGAGGCUCCUGGGGCCGAAGGCCAGAGCAAACUUAAGCAGUCGUCACUUCGCCGCCUGAAUCCCCGGGGCCGCCCCUGGGGCAGGACCAGGCCCCGGCUGCCUGCCCAAACCGGCCCACCGUCUCCACAGCAUGGAAGCCGCCGGCAACACUGAGGCUGCGGGGACAGGUGGGCCUUGCCCCCUUUUCCCUCGCAGGUCCUGGUCGGACGAAGAGUGUAUGUGAGGCGAGGGGCUGUGCCUCGGAACUUCUCUCGGAGCCCAGAGGACUGCUUUACAUGCAGCAGACGCUCAAUAAUGGCAAGUACAUCGCCUCAACACAGCGACCUGACGGGACCUGGCGCAAACAGCGGAGGGUGAAAGAAGGCUAUGUACCCCAGGAGGAGGUCCCAGUGUAUGAGAACAAGUAUGUGAAGUUUUUCAAGAGUAAACCAGAACUGCCCCCAGGGCUGAGCCCUGAGGCCACUGCUCCUGUCACCCCAACAAGGCCUGAAGGUGGUGAACCAGGCCUCUCCAAGACAGCCAAACGCAACCUGAAGCGGAAGGAGAAAAGGCGGCAGCAACAAGAGAAAGGGGAGGCAGAGGCCUUGAGCCGGACUCUCGAUAAGGUGUCCCUGGGAGAGACAGCCCAACUCCCUAGUGCCCCACAGGCCUCCCGGGCAGCCCCUACAGCUGCCUCUGACCAGCCUGACUCAGCUGCCACCACCGAGAAGGCCAAGAAGAUAAAGAACCUAAAGAAGAAGCUUCGGCAGGUGGAAGAGCUGCAGCAGCGGAUCCAGGCUGGGGAAAUCAGCCAGCCCAGCAAAGAGCAGCUGGAGAAGCUAGCAAGGAGGAGGGCACUGCAGGAGGAGCUAGAGGACUUGGAGCUAGGCCUGUGAGGCCUGUGGGGCAUAGGGGAUGAACUGCAGAACAAACCAUGGGGCUCUCUGGGGUCGUGGGGAAUGUGGGCAGCAGUAGUCAGGAGGGAUACCCCCCCAUACUGGCUUGCAUCCACCUCUCAAGGCCCAACUCUGCCCUCCAGAACCUAGCCUCUCCCUCAUUCCUUCCCUUUUUGUCCCAACUCCUAUUUUUUGGACUUUUCUCUCUCCCAUUCCCAGUGUUCAAAAACAUCAGUAACUACCCUAGAUUCCUUUGCUGCUGAUUUGGGUGUCUUGUUAAAAAAAAAUUGGGCGGGUGGGAAUCUCUUGGAGAACUGAUAUUGAGGGUAGGGGGACUACGCCCAAGUCUUGGAGUCUUGGUUCCUGUUCAGUGUUUAUGAAUAUUCCCUUCCCCCACCCUUGACCUUUUUUUUUAAGAACAGAAUAAACAAGUAGACAAAUUGUC